AUGAGUUCUAAGUUCAUAAUCGAUAGUAUGCUACCUAAGUAUCACCAACAAUUUCAUCAUCAACAGUUAUUUGCAACUUCAAAUCCAAGUUCUCUUCAGACUUGCUCAGGUGGAUCAUCUACCGCAAGCCUAGAGUCUAGCCUAUCGGCAGCAGCCGUAGCCGCGGCAGCUGUCAAUUACGCUCAUCACAGUUCGCCUUCACCAACAGGCUCUAGCCCUCAGCACUCAGGAAGCUCUGCCUCAACGUCACCGGCGGCAAGAACAGCUUCUAGCAUGUACCCCUACGUGUCCGCAGCAGCGGUACAUCAUCAUCAUCAGCAACAACAGGCGGUUGCUGCAGCAGCUUUUGGUGCAACCUCGUCUAUGGUACCUGGGUUCGGGUCAUCGGUUGCUUCUAGCGCAGCAUUGGCAGCAGCUGCCGUUGUUGAUGCCGCCAAUGGUGAUAAAUCCUGUCGAUACACCGCCAGUCUCACCGGGAAUGUCGCGCCCAGUUCCACAGAUCCCAUAGUCAAUUACAAUUUAAGUCAUCAUCAUCAGAAUGGUGGUGCUUCCAGUGGUCUCGUCUCAUCAUCACCCUCAUCAGCCGUGUCUGCCGCUUCAGCUUCCAUGGCAGCAGCGGCACAGUUCUAUCACCAAGCCGCCGCAGCGUCUGUUGUUGAUCCGCUGACUUCCUGUCAGCAACCCACUCCCGGACAACCAGGAAUACCUGAUAUUCCCAGAUAUCCUUGGAUGUCUAUAACAGAUUGGAUGAGCCCGUUCGAUCGAGUUGUGUGUGGUGAGUAAAAUAGUUCACUUGUCACUUCC